AUAUUUGGGUGUGGUACACGAUUUCAUAUCAAUCUGUUUUCUGUUUCUGAAAGGAGUAAUACACAUUGAUUCUCAACAUGUAUGUCUUUGGAAUACUUCUCGUCACCCUCAUGAUAGGAGGCUCUAAAGCUUGUUCUUGUCUCUUUGAACCAAACCUUGAAGUCAGGUUCUGCAGUCACGAUUAUGUCAUCUUGGCUUUUAUCAUCGAGCUUGUAGAACCUGUGAGUGGCAAUAUUCAAUCCUUAGCAAACGACAAUAUCUUCACUAUCAACCAGGAUCCUAAGACGUAUAAAGUGUGUAUCCUUCAAGUGUAUCGUCCUGGAGACGAUCGGGUUAAGACGGGAAUAGCAAACAUUACAACACCAUCCAACUCUGCGGCAUGUGGUGUGGAUCUUCAGGAAGGGAAGAAAUACAUACUAGGUGGAAGUUUGACUGAUCCGAGUGACCUCCAGAUCUAUUCCUGUGGAAUCAACUUUGUUUCUUCAUCAACACAGUUUGAAGCUAUUACCAAUAAUAAUUUUCAAUGUGAUGAGAAAGCUCCAUCUCCAGUGGUCCAAACCAAUGAUGACAACCCAGUGAGGGUGACCAAUGAGGACAAUUCUAUUGUUCUUAAUGAGCAGUAGUAGCAAUAAGCAGUAGUCAGGUGGCUUAAAAUUUGGGGCUUUCAAGUUGGGGGUUUCAUGAAACAUUGCGAUGUCAUUCAUAUUGGUAGACCAGUGGGUGUGCAAAACCAAGCGUACAUCUUUUUGGGGGGUUUUUUUUAGUGAUACAUUAACCCUCAUUUAAAGACUUCAGCCCUUCCCUCACUGUUUAUUCCAUUGAUUUAUCUGUAUGAUUACCUGCAUCAUACAUUCAAACAUUCUUUAAAUUUCAAUUCUUAUACCAGGCCCAUGCUAACUUGUAUACCUUUUGAAAAAGUGGUUGACAACUUGACCUACAAGCUAUUCAUGAUAGUGAGUGAUGAUGAUGCAUGUAUGAGACAAAUGAAGUCAGCACAUUAUACAUGGUAUGAUUAAAUAAUAACAAUAAUAAUUAGACUUAUAUCGUGCCAAAUCCACUCUAGGUGCUUUUAGGAAAAGAAAUAAAGAAUUGAAGAGAAAUGUUUUAAGGUAUUGUUUGAAAGUUUAAGAUGUCAAGCACUGUUCAAUGUUUUCAGGGAGGCUAUUCCAUAACUUAGAGGAUGAGUGAACAAAUGAUCUUUCCCCCACAUUUUGGAAACUUUGAGGGUAACGAGAGAAUGAUCCCACUAUCAAAUCAACUCUGAUGAAAUUACCAAAGUUUAAAUUUAAUUCUACACAUUUGUCAGAGAGGAAAGAAACACCUGAAAAAAAUGACAUAACAAAUAGAAAUACAUGUAAUAGUUAUUAUUAUUAAUAACUUUUGAGACCAAAAUUGUGAUCCUCGCGUAUGCAGUUCCGAAAUCACGCAACAUUUCGUAAGUGCA